UUUGACGUCAUCCAAUUUUUUCGUCUAAUUGUCUUGGCCUUUAUUUUCUGUCUGGUUCACUUUUAUCUUAAUUCGUGAAUUAUUCAUAUUAAAAGCAAUUAAUGUACUUCCCUUUAAUAUGAUGAAUGAUAGUUAUAGAAACACCACUGCUAUAGAACAAGCACAUCCCUUAUACUGAAGAAACAUUAAUCUCCAAAUAAUUGUACAUUUCACUAAGAUUGGUGCUUCCAAUUUUUAACAUUACCCACAUUGAACUAAAAAAAUGAUUUAGAAAUGCAGAUUACCAUCAAUAAGGAAGGAAAAAGUAGUGGAUUGGUUCACAUCGGUUUGCAUAAACGGUACCAGAUGUUAGAAUUUGCGUGUCUUUUGAAUUAGACAAGGCAAACGUUUCAAGUGCUGCGUUACCCAUACGGAUGUACUCUGAGCGUCUAAAAUAUCUAGAGAAUAAAUUAGUGCAAGAUGGGUCUGUGUCCAAUGCAUGUUUGAAUGAGGGACCAGUGGAAAAUUGUCAGGAAUCUGUGGAUGUAAAGCCAGGUGUUGCCGAUAAUGACUUAAGUCCAGCCUUAGCUGGAAUAGGUAUUGGGGUUGCCAGCAUGUUCUUAGAGGUUUUAUUAUCACAUCCUUUCAUUGUAAUAAGGAACCAGUGUCAAGUUUUGGAAUCAAGUCGAUGUCUUCAUUUAACCCCUUUCACCCUCAUACCUGUUGUCCGGAAGUGCAUACAAUCUCAGGGUUUAUCAUUUCUUUGGAAGGGGUUGGGGAGUGUGUUUAUCAUUCGCGGUUUAAACCUUAUGACUGAGAAUCUCGUUUGCGAGCUUACAUCAUUACCCAAGGAGGUCUCCAAAUUAAGUUCGUCCAGACGCCUCCUAGGUCAUCUUCUUCUUAAAGUUUGUUCAUGGGUUGUUCUCACCCCAUUUUUCUCAGCGAGCAUUGUUGAAAUUAUUCAGUCUGAUAAAGCUUCUGAACCAACUACCCUUCUUUCUUGUGUACUCGAUGGUUUUUACCGCUUGUUUCACAUGCCGUCAUCCCCAAGAUUAGGCUCACCAGGUUCAAUGUUUCGCAGUGGUCAUACUAUCAGGAGCAUUCCGAUCGCGACGUCACGUUUGCUGCCUGUUUGGCGUCUUUUUCCUCCUGUUGUUUUACUUAAUGUUGGUCAUUAUGUUGUUCGAUCGUUUGCAAGCACUGUAGCUUUGUAUUACUGGAGUGGUAAUGAGGAUCGUCUUGAACGAGAUGCGGAAAUGGACUUUAAUUAUAAGACUGAAGGUUUUAAUCGGAAUAGGUGUUCUGGAUUUCCUUUUCAUUAUGCAAUACCAAACGCACAUACAUCUGUUAGUGAACGUCAUACAACAGAUAUGGAUACUUUAAUUUACCAACGUCAGGACACCGCUUUACAGGCGAUUUAUGAUCGUUAUUAUGCCGAUUUGUUCGCUGGGAUGACAGCUAAUUUUGUCGCAGAUGUUGUACUUUAUCCAGUAGAAACCCUAGUACUACGGUUGUGUGUACAAGGCACUCGUACUCUGGUUGAUAAUAUGGAUACGGGUGAUGUAGUUGUUCCCAUUGUUUCUUCAUAUGACGGAUUUUUUGAUGCACUUCGCUCUAGCUUGGGGUUGCCUGUUGGAAUCCAGGGUCUUUUUAAAGGUUUUGGUGCUCUUAUAGCUCAAUAUGCCCUACAGGCACUGUUUAUUUUUGGGAUCCGUUGUUUGUAUGAACAUCUUCUUUGUCUUUGGGCUCCUCCACCUACUGAUAACAAAGUUUACUCAAAGUCAAGCUCCAGACCAAAUGUAUCUACCGCAUUUGAGGGCUUGGAGUCAAUCGCUGCUGGUGACUCUCCGUCUACUGUUGAUAACUGCUAUUACAAAAUAUAGUGGCUGGAAACGAUGAACCUUUGUGGGGUAUUCUACGUUACUCUGUCUGCCUGUUUGGUGCAUUAUGAAAAUCUUUGCGCUCGAAUAAGUGAAAAUGUCUACUGUGUUACUGUUUCACUCUUUCUUCUAUUUAACUCUAAUGUGAAUAGGAAGUUUUCAUGUAUAGAAAAAAAGUCAUAGGCUCAUUCUUACAAAGAAAAGUGUUGAUCAUGUUUCAAAAAGCAGGGAAUAUUUCGGAUUGAUUACUGAACCGAAAAGUAGGUAGAAAGUGCUAAUUAAAUUCAAAAUAAUCGUCCUGAUGUUGAAUCGGGCCAGUAGAAGAAUUACUGACUACAAAGUUUUUCAUAAUAAAGUUCUCAGUAUUCCAGAAAGUGAAUUCAAUCUAUGACAAUUUUAAAAGCUGUUAGGUUAAUGAGAUUAUUUACCACACUAAUAUUAACUACUCAUUUUUAUCUAUGCUAUCUAGUCCAAGUAACGUAAGUUUAAAAUUCUGUGACAAACGUGUAGCAAUCGUUUUACUGGCCACUUACCAUAGGUACAGUUUGUAUACAAUCUGUAAGUGUAACGGAUCUGUCAAGAAAUACAUCUACUUUGUUAGGUGACAUAGUUUCCCACUAAAUAAUCGUUUUAUAAUAAUUGGGAAACAUGUGUAUGUAGUAAUUUAUUAUUAAACUUAACAAUACAGAUUACAAAUGAAUUUUCAAACUACUCCAGCCAGUACAAUAUUUGUUAAACCAAGUGCAACUGACAUCGUAGACUGGAAAGGAUCCAUUAUGUUUUCUUAUGGUUCGGAUUUUCCACAUAUUUAAUACGAAUUGACUGAAGUUGAGAAUCUAUCCCAUUGGAAGCUAACCUAAUAGUCUAAUUGUUAGUGUGUGGGCACUACUGAAAACGCAAUAUUAAGGGGAUGUAGCCAUCCAAUCCACUAUAGUUUUUAACAAUACCCGAAACGAGGCUAAUCUGAGACAAAUAUCUACAUAAGUAUUAACUUUUAUGAAGUAUGGAAUAUCCAUCUUGUAAAAAUCUUUACGAAAACAAUUUUGAUCUAUUUAGGACCGUAAUAAUAAAUACGAAGUAUGACGUAAUUAAUUACAUAAAAUAUCCGUUAAACGCUAUUAGUUUAGUAAAGGAAAUUGUAAAACGAAUAACUAGGAUUGAAGUAUUCACAGUAAUAAUAAUAAUUCUUCAUGUACAUUAUUAUUAUUAUUAUUAUUA